UGAUAGGUGAUUGUACCUUUUGCAAUCAAAGUUUCAAGGUUUACAAGUUAUUCAAGUUAGUAAAGAUUGGUGAAAUGUUAUAGUUAGCGCUUAUAAUAUUGCACAGUCGCACGUCCUUAAGACCACGUGGUAAUCUGAUCGUAAAUCAAUCGUGUCCGAUAAGUUAUCAAUAGGCAAAGUGCAUUUCUUUAGACUACAUUUGCUUUUGGAAGUUCUUGUAGCAUGUCUUCUUUAAUUGAAGAUAUUUGCGAACUUUUGGAUAGCUAUAAUGGCAGAGAUAAGGUGGUCCGAUUAACGUGUUACGCUUUUAAGCUUUAUGGUUGCAUAAUAAACGACAAAGCAUGGCAGUCAGCUGGAUCACGUCUGUCUGGUGCUCGGCUGAUGCUCAGAUUGUUUGAUGACAUUCCUAUGUUAAGACACACAUACAGUUAUGGCUUAGGAGGACAUGAAACUUCAAAAUUUGCUGCAGCUCUAGGGGUAAUCGCUAAUAUAGUGGACCAAACCUUCCUACCUGUUGAGAAAGCAUGCUGGCUUCAUGAAGUUGGCAUCAUUAAAUUACACCCAGACACCGCAUACAAACUGGACACCCUCAGUACAUCACUUUGGGCGAUUAGUCUCUACAUAGCAUUACUACAGACAAUCAGAUCUAUCAGACAACUGUGGUGGAGCAGAGAUUGCCUUAGUGCAUCGGAAGGCUCGGUGGAAGCGCGACGGGGCUUAGACACAAGAUUAGCAUUACAGACCGUAACGGCGGUUAAAAUGUGCCUCGACAUUGCCCACGCUGUCUCCUGCCUGCCACAGGGUUACUUAUGGGGCGAGAAAAUUGGCGCUACCAAAGUGGCUGCCAUAGCAACCACUUCCUCUGUUAUGGGAAUAGCCCUCUACUUUGCUAGAAAGCGUUUGUUGAAAUAAUUGACGUGAUGGUCGAUGAUGGUGAUUCAACAAAAACUUUA